CUUUUAGCUAAGGAGUAGCCUAGCGCUAUAGAAAAUAAUGUUUUGAAUAAAUAAUUACUAAUUACUAAGUAAUAAGUACAUACUUGCAGUAUGUUUAUAGUUAAUCACAUCGCAUUUAUAUCUUAAUUGUAGAGGGGGGAACUAAACUAAUUCUAUAUUGUAUUAAGUCGCUUGCUAUCAAAUAAAAAAUAAAAUAAAAUAAAUAAAAAAAAUAAAAAAAAUUAAAAGAUGUGUAGCUCAUUAACUUAAUCUUCAAAAGAUUUCAGAAACUGCUUUCUACACUCCAUUAUAACUGGGCUUGACUUGCCCUGACAUUGGCACGAGGACACUGCUUUUACAUCCUAUGGAUCACUGAGCGAGGAACCGAUGGCUCCACCGCGGCUCACCGGUGCACUCCGCUCCUUCUCAAAUGUCAGCAAGCAGGACUAUACAGAGGACAUCUACGAUUUGAAGUCCAAGCGGUUGAAGAGGCAAGAGCAGCUUUCCAAAGAUGGCCUGACAUGGCAGAAGAUCACACAGUUUUUCAGCCAGCACUUGGAGAAAGGACAGCAACAUGCUGCUCAGGAGGAACUGAAGAAGAUCCUGCAGGCAGCCAGGCAGAUUGUCGGCACGGAGUUCGGUCAGGAGGCGGUGGAGAGCGCCGCCGUCUUCCUGUUCAGGACCUUCUACGGCACGGACCAGGUGGGCCACGAGGAGACGCGCGCCAUCAAGCACAUGUUCGGGCCCUUCCCGUCGACGGCGGCCGACGCCUCCUGCGCCGCCGUGGGCCGCCUGGUCUCGCUGAUGGACGAGACGCUGGUGGAGGCCUUCGUCAGGGCGGAGACGGCGCCCCGCAUCGCCGACCGCGCCUCCUUCGGCCGGAACAUCGCCUUCUCCUUCGACAGCUACGCGCUGGACUACCAGGAGACCCCGCCCUGGGGCGAGGACGACGGCCGGCCCGGCCAAAGCUUCAGCCUGGACUUCCACAAGUUCCUCAACAACCAGCAGGAGGGGCGGGGCAGAGAGGGCCAGAACAGCGCCCCCGGCAGGCCGGCGCAGGGAAGCGGGAACGGCGACGCGGCCCUGCUCAGGCGGGAGGUGGAGCAGUACCUGUCCGGCGGGAACAUGGACUCCUCGAACGCCGAGGAUCUGUGCACCUCUCUGUUCGAGAUGCUGGCGUCCCAAAAGACAGACGACGAGCUCCAAAACGAGCUGUUUGAGCUCCUGGGUCCCGAGGGCUUCGAAAUGAUCGAGAGGCUGCUCCAGCACAGGGCCGACAUCGUGGACUCCCUCCUCACCUCGCUGCCCGACCAACGGCUCGGCUACCUGCCCGAGGCGGCGCGCAAAGGCAACGGGGACGGCAGUAAGCCGGCGUACGGCUGCCAGGUCACCAUCCAGUCGGAGCAGGAGAAGCAGCUGAUGAGGCUGCAGCGGCGCGAGGAGAAGCGCGAGAGGAAGCGGGAGAAGCGCCCCGACGACGCCGACGCCCCGCCCGACCCCGGCUUCCACUUCGACCCCAAGGAGCUGCGCCUGCACCGGGAACAGGCUCUGCUCACGGCUCGGCGCUCGCCGGUGUUGGGCCGGCAGAGGGAGUACGAGCGAAUCAGGUACCCGCAUGUGUACGACGCCUACGCCGAAGCCGCCAAGACCUCGGCCUUUGUGGGCGGAGCCAAGAUGCUCCUACCAGAGGGAAUCAAGCGAGAGAACAAUAAGAUGUUUGAGGAGGUGGUGAUCCCGCCCAGCGAGCCCAUGCCCAUCGGCUUCGAGGAGAAGCCUGUGUACAUCUCUGAGCUGGACGAGGUAGGUCAGCUGGUGUUCCAGGGGAUGAAGCGUCUGAACAGGAUCCAGUCCAUCGUGUUUGAGACGGCCUACAACACCAACGAGAACAUGCUGAUCUGCGCCCCCACGGGCGCCGGCAAGACCAACAUCGCCAUGCUGGCCGUCCUGCACGAGAUCCGCCAGCACCUGGAGCCGGGCGGCGUCAUCCGCAAGGACCAGUUCAAGGUAAUCUAUGUCGCCCCCAUGAAGGCCUUGGCUGCAGAGAUGACCAAUUACUUCAGCAAGAGGCUGGAGCCACUGGGCAUCUCUGUCAAAGAGCUGACCGGAGACAUGCAGCUGACCAAGGGAGAGAUCCUCCGCACACAGAUGCUGGUGACCACGCCGGAGAAGUGGGACGUGGUGACCAGGAAGAGCGUGGGGGACGUGGCGCUGAGCCAGAUCGUGCGGCUGCUCAUUCUGGACGAGGUGCACCUCCUCCACGAGGACAGAGGCCCCGUGCUGGAGAGCCUGGUGGCCCGGACGCUGCGCCAGGUGGAGUCCACGCAGAGCAUGAUCCGGAUCCUGGGCCUGUCCGCCACGCUGCCCAACUACCUGGACGUGGCCUCCUUCCUGCACGUCAACCCCUUCAUCGGCCUCUUCUACUUCGACAGCCGCUUCCGCCCCGUGCCUCUGGGCCAGAGCUUCGUGGGCAUCAAGACUACCAACAAGGUACAACAGCUUCACGACAUGGAGGAGGUUUGCUACGACAAGGUUCUGGAACAGAUCCGAGCAGGACACCAGGUGAUGGUGUUUGUGCACGCCCGCAACUCCACGGUGCGGACUGCCAUGAGCCUCAUCGAGAUGGCCAAGAACCGCGGCGAGUCCAUGUUCUUCCAGCCAGAUCAGCGCCCGGACUACGGCCAGUGUCAGAAACUGGUCCAGCGCUCGCGGAACAAGCAGAUGCAGGAGAUGUUUCCGGACGGGUUUGGGAUUCACCACGCGGGGAUGCUGCGCUCGGACCGUAGCCUGAUGGAGAGCAUGUUCUCUAAGGGCUACCUGAAGGUGCUGGUGUGCACCGCCACGCUGGCCUGGGGGGUCAACCUGCCCGCCCACGCCGUCAUCAUCAAGGGCACCCAGAUCUACGAUGCCAAGCGGGGGACGCUGGUGGACCUGGGCAUCCUGGACGUGAUGCAGAUCUUCGGGCGCGCCGGGCGCCCGCAGUUCGACAAGUACGGCGAGGGCACCAUCAUCACCUCCCACGACAAGCUGAGCCACUACCUGACCCUGCUCACCCAGCAGAACCCCAUCGAGAGCCAGUUCCUGGAGAGCCUGGCCGACAACCUCAACGCCGAGGUGGCUUUGGGGACCGUCACCAACGUGGAGGAAGCUGUGAAGUGGCUGAGCUACGCUUACCUGUACGUGCGAAUGAGGGCCAACCCGCUAGCCUACGGCAUCAAUCACAAAGCCUACCAGAUGGAUCCAGGCUUGGAGCUGUACCGCAAGGAGCUGGUGGUGGAGGCAGGCCGCAAGCUGGACAAGGCCCGGAUGAUCCGCUUUGAGGAGCGGACCGGGUACUUCUCCUCCACGGACCUGGGCAGGACUGCCAGCCACUUCUACAUCCGAUACAACACCAUAGAGACUUUCAACGAGCUGUUCAAUGCCCAGAAGACCGAGGCCGAUAUCCUGAGCAUUGUGUCCAAGGCGGAAGAGUUUGAGCAGGUCAAGGUGCGCGACGAGGAGAUGGAGGAGCUGGAGCAGCUGCUGCACAACUACUGUGAGCUUCCUGUGGCCGGCGGCGUGGAGAACGGCUACGGCAAGAUCAACAUCCUGCUGCAGUCCUACAUCGGCCGCGGCGAGGUGGACAGCUUCUCACUCAUCUCAGACCUGUCCUACGUCGCCCAGAACACGGCGCGCAUCGUGCGGGCGCUGUUCGAGAUCGCCCUGCGGAAGCGCUGGCCGGCCAUGACGUACCGGCUGCUCAACCUGUGCAAGAUGAUUGACAAGCGGCUGUGGGGCUGGGCCAACCCGCUGCGGCAGUUCUCGGUCCUGCCGGGCUCCGUGCUGGCCAAGCUGGAGGAGAGGAGGCUCACCAUCGACAAGCUCAAGGACAUGAGGAAGGACGAAAUCGGUCACAUGCUUCACCACGUGAACAUCGGGUUAAAGGUGAAGCAGUGCGUCCACCAGCUCCCCUCCCUCCUGAUGGAGGCCUCCAUCCAGCCAAUCACGCGCACCGUCCUACGGGUGCGGCUGACCAUCACGCCGGACUUCAGGUGGAACGACCAGGUCCAUGGUUCAGUAGGGGAGCCCUGGUGGCUUUGGGUGGAAGACCCGGUCAACGACCACAUCUACCACUCUGAGUACUUCCUGCUGCAGAAGAAGCAGGUGUGUCUCCGGAAUGUUCUCUGGCUUUUCAGAUACUACUCCGCGGUGUCCUCCGCUGGCUGGCUCUCGCCCUCUCUCAUCAACUUCCAGCCCUCUCUCCAGAACCCCUCCGCCAGGUAUGCACACACACACAACCCGCACCAGUACUGCCCACACACACGGUACUGCACACACACACACCCGCCGCACACAGGUACUGCACACACACACACACACACCCGGCGCACACAGGUACUGCACACACACACACCCGCCGCACACAGGUACUGCACACACACACACACACACCCGCCGCACACAGAGCUGCUGGACCUGCAGCCUCUGCCCAUCACGGCCUUGGGCAAGCCGGAGUACCAGAGCCUGUACAAGUUCACCCACUUCAACCCCAUCCAGACGCAGAUCUUCCACACGCUCUACCACAGCGACACCAACGUCCUGCUGGGGGCGCCCACGGGCUCCGGCAAGACCAUCGCCGCCGAGCUGGCCAUGUUCCGCGUCUUCAACCAGUACCCCACCUCCAAGGUGGUGUACAUCGCCCCCCUGAAAGCGCUGGUUCGAGAGAGAAUAGAGGACUGGAAAAUCAGGAUAGAGGAGAAGCUGGGGAAGAAGGUGGUGGAGCUGACGGGCGACGUCACGCCGGACAUGCGGGCCAUCGCCCAGGCCGACCUCAUCGUGACCACGCCCGAGAAGUGGGACGGGGUCAGCCGCAGCUGGCAGAACCGCAGCUACGUGCAGAAAGUGGCCAUCCUCAUCAUCGACGAGAUUCACCUGCUGGGUGCGUGUGUGGGUCCGGUUCUGGAGGUGAUCGUUUCCAGGACCAACUUCAUCUCGUCCCACACCAGCAAGACCGUGCGCAUCGUGGGCCUGUCCACCGCCCUGGCCAACGCCCGCGACCUGGCCGACUGGCUGGGCAUCGGGGAGGUGGGCUUGUUUAAUUUCCGCCCGUCGGUUCGGCCCGUCCCGUUGGAGGUGCACAUCCAUGGUUUCCCGGGGCAACACUACUGCCCCCGCAUGGCCAGCAUGAACAAGCCCGUCUUCCAAGCUAUACGCAGUCACUCUCCUGCCAAGCCGGUUCUGAUCUUCGUGUCGUCACGGCGACAGACCCGUCUGACCGCGCUGGACCUGAUCGCCUUCUUGGCCACUGAAGACGACUCCAAGCAGUGGCUGCACCAGGAUGAGAGGGAGAUGACAGACAUCAUCGCCACGGUGCGAGAGUCGAACUUGAAGCUGACGCUAGCGUUCGGGAUCGGCAUGCAUCACGCGGGCCUGCACGAGAGGGACAGGAAGACCGUGGAGGAGCUCUUCGUUAACUGCAAGAUCCAGGUGCUGAUAGCAACAAGUACGCUAGCCUGGGGGGUCAACUUCCCCGCCCACCUGGUGAUCGUGAAGGGGACAGAGUAUUACGACGGGAAGACCCGGCGCUACGUGGACUAUCCCAUCACCGACGUCCUUCAGAUGAUGGGCCGUGCGGGCAGGCCGCAGUUCGACGACCAGGGCAAAGCUGUCAUCCUCGUGCACGACAUCAAGAAAGAUUUCUACAAGAAGUUUCUGUAUGAACCCUUCCCAGUGGAAUCCAGUCUGUUGGCCGUGCUGUCGGACCACUUGAACGCAGAGAUUGCCGCGGGAACCAUCGCUUCCAAGCAGGACGCCCUGGACUACAUCACCUGGACGUACUUCUUCCGCCGCCUGGUCAUGAACCCCAGCUAUUACAGCUUGGAGGACGUCAGCCAUGAAUCCAUCAACAAGUUCCUCUCUAACCUGGUGGAGAAAAGCCUGCGGGACCUGGAGAGUUCCUACUGCAUGGCGAUAGGAGAGGACAACCACACCAUCGAGCCCCUGACGCACGGGCGCAUCGCCUCGUACUAUUACCUCAAGCACCAGACGGUGCGCAUGUUCCACGAGCGGCUGAAGCCCGAGUGCUCCCUCCAGGACCUGCUCCUCAUUCUCACGGACGCGGAGGAGUAUGCCGAGCUGCCGGUCAGACACAACGAGGACCAGCUGAACAGCGAGCUGGCUCGCCGGCUCCCCCUGGAGGUGAACCCCCACUCCUACGACAGCGCUCACACCAAGGCCCACCUGCUGCUGCAGGCCCACUUCAGCCGCGCCACCCUGCCCUGCAGCGACUACGGCACCGACACGAAGACCGUGCUGGACAACGCCAUGCGCAUCUGCCAGGCCAUGCUGGAUGUAGCAGCCAGUGAGGGCUGGCUGGUCACUGCGCUCAGUGUGUGUAACCUGGUGCAGAUGAUCAUUCAGGCCAGGUGGCUCCACGACUCCUCUCUGCUCACCCUGCCCCACAUUGAGCAGCAGGACCUCUACCUGUUCAGGAAGUGGAGCCCCGGGAAGGCGAUGGGCGGGGCCAGAGGAUUCCAGGGCCCAAUCGAGGGGCUGCCCGAGCUGAUGGCGGCCUGCGACGGGCGGGAGAGCGCCUUCGCCGCCAUCGUGGAGGGCGGGCUGCAGCAAAGCCAGGUUUCCCAGGCCUGGGCGUUCCUCAGCCACCUGCCGGUGCUGGAGGUGGAGAUGAGGGUGAAGGGCUGGUGGGGGGAGAGCCAGGAGCAGAGCGAGCGGCUGCUGCCCUCCGCCGUGGCCAACAUCCGCAACCAGAAGAGCUGGCUGGACAUCCACGCCGACCAGGAGUACGUCCUGCAGGUCCACCUGCACCGCCUCAACACGGGCGGCCAGAAGAGGAGACAGGACAGCCGGGCAAUGGCCCCUCACUUCCCCAAGCUGAAGGACGAGGGCUGGUUCCUGGUGCUGGGAGAGGUGGAGAAGAGGGAGCUGCUGGCCGUCAAGAGGGUGGGGUAUGUGCGGAACCGCAGCACCGCCUCCGUCGCCUUCUUCACCCCGGAGAAGACGGGCAGGUGCAUCUACACCCUGUACCUGAUGAGCGACAGCUACCUGGGCCUGGACCAGCAGUACGACAUUCACCUGAACGUGACGCCGCCCAGCGUCUCCGCCCAGGUGAACAGCGAGGUGUCGGAGAGCAUGGACAGCCUGGCCGUGGGCGGGAGCUCUUAGCAGGCGGCGGAGCGCAGGCGGGGCCAACCAGGACGCGAUUGCGGGGAUGAUGUCACAUUGGUGAUGUCAUAAUGGGAGAGAAGGGCCUGCGUUGCAGUGACUUUGCCUUAGCAGAGGUCGUUGAGGCUGACCUCAGUGACACAGGGAGAUUUGGUGUGUGUGUAGGGUGGGGUUUUGGAGCGUUCUACCACACGCGGGGGUGGAUCGUAGCGCCGCAAACUUACGUUAUUCUCCUUCUGGACAAACUGUAUGCUCACACCCCACGCACCCUUAGCAUCAGCUCGGCAGUGUAGACUUCCACAGGCACUGCUGUCCUCUAGCCCAGCGGGGUCUCGCAUGCCCACACAUCAGCGGCCAAAACUAACAGAAGUCGACUUUACUCGAUCACGUUCAGCCUGGACUGUGGAAUGUUUCAGUUUCAGUUGUUCAGUGCUGAUUGACCAAUAUGGCAUUUUACUGAAAGGUUUGCAUUGUUUCUGUGGGUGCUCAUAUUAAACCUGUGUGUUCUUUUUUUUUUUGGACAGUGGACUAGUUCCAUUAGUACGCACUCUUAGCAUUGCGUGCCUGAUUCCAUUCAUUAAAUAUUCACGUAAAAACAUUCAUCCUGAAAAUUUAAGUUCCGUGCAACUUCUCUUAUUUAUGAUUUUUUUUUCCUGGUUUUUCCUCUGAAUAUAGGUGCAUUUGAAGUAUAAAGUGUCUUUUUGACAGGCCAUUAAAAAAAAAAACUAUAAAACAGCGCUUGAUUUGUUUCUGGUAAAUCUAAUCUGUCGUUUGGAGAGAAGCACGAUUGUAAAAUAUUUAGGUUUGGUUUGAAAUAUCUUUUAGCUGCGGUUUAAGGAUCGUAACUCUGGUGCACAUAGGAUUGGAGUCACAGACCCGAGUCGGGGGGUUGUGGGGGAAAUUUAUAGCGUUGCCUCGCCAAACACGGGAAACCUGGAUGCAGUUAUUUAACGCGGGGUUAAGGAAUGCAGGCCAGGUGUGUGGGUCAUGCUUUGCUCCAUGUGCCAAACUAUGACAUCUGCUUGGAAAAUUAUUCGCUGGUUCUGCGGAGUCCAUAUUGUUACUGACCCACAGUCCCUUCGUGUGGUGGCUCUCUUCCUUUAGAAUCAUUCUCCAAAUGGCUCUCGGUGUUGUUGCACAAACAGCCAUAAUUAUAACACCCCCCCCCCCCCCUCCCAUACACACAUCUUUGAAUUAAAAUCUCAAAAUGUUAAAUGGAAUUUUAAGCGGUAGUACAUGUUCAUUUUGUACUGCUGGCUGUACUGCAAUAUGUAGGAUCAUUAUUGGAAUAAAAUUUACUUUGAAAGCA